GCUCUGCGUGCGUUUCUCUUCACUCGGCUUUACGCACGUAGCACCAGAGGACGCCAGCCUCUCCCGCCCGCCGAUUCAAUUCACCGACUCUUCGUUUGUCCCGCAGAUUUAGACACGAUUUGGGACCAAACACGAGGAAUGUAUCGUAUUUUUCAUAUUUAUCUUUGACUUUAUUGAUCGUGUUAUGAUAUUUUUCGUCAAACCGAUUUUUCACGAGCGCAGGUCUUGAGGUGGACUACGUGACUGUGAGCCACUCUCUACGGACACGUAACUUCUGCAGCCGAAGCUUUGUUUAAAACUUCAGAUUUUUAAAGACAUUCAAAUUUUAGCGCACGAACAGUUUGAGUUUGAGUUUACCUAACUUUUGCACAAUUGUUGAUACAAUUUGGGGUGUAAAUCUGCAGUGUCUUAUUCCAAAUGUAUGAACAAAUGUAAACGAUUUUAGAUUUGUACUUGUUUAACCCAGAAAAUAGUUAAUAUAAUUACCAAUAUUUAUAUAUAUAUAUAUUUGUUUUUUUGUUUUGUUUUUCUUUUUACAAAAAAACUAGACUUGACUUUUUAGGUUCAGUUUCAAGUUUGAACCUAGACACACAGUAUUUUGUAACUAGCACUUUUCCCAAAGAGUAACAGAACUAUAUCUUCUGUACUCUCUUGUUUUUGACGUUUUAUUAAGUUACACCAACUAAAAGUUUUUAAGUAGUUGGAAGUAACUUUUUUAUUAUUAUUAUUUUUACAAACUGCAGAAAUUAAGAAAAGUAAAAACUGUUGUCAGACACUUUUGGUUGUGUCUGACUGGACUGAGCUGUAGUUCAAGUUUCUUCUCUGAAUCUGCCACAACGUCAGCCAUCUUGGAUUCCCGGUCCAAACCCAGAGGACGCAGAGACCUGGUCCGGACUAAAAGGACCCUCUGCAAGCCCAUCCCACUUCGCUGCAAGCCCCUUCCCCUCCACAGGGCACUUCCUCUCUCAGUGACUGACACUAAAAUGCCGUUAGCGGAGCCCGUUGGCGACAUGGACAUCGAGCGGAUCGUGGUCCAGCGCGUUGUCCCCGCCCUCUCGGCUCAGGGCUUCUGCUGGUUGGACGGCGUGUUGGGUGAAGUCACAGGGGGGACGGUGCUUGAGCAGGUGAGGAGGAUGCACCUGUCUGGAGCUCUGAAGGGGGGCCAGCUGAUGCGCGCAGCCCCGGGAGUGAAGAGGAGCUCGGUGAGAGGAGACAGGAUCACGUGGGUGUGUGGGACGGAGAGAGGAUGUGACGCCAUUAACACUCUGCUUGUGGUCAUCGAUAAACUAGUGACCAGCGCCGCGCGGAAACUCAACCGACCAAUCAGCCAUCGCUCUAAGGCCAUGGUGGCGUGUUAUCCAGGAGGAGGAGCUGGUUAUGUGAAACAUGUGGACAAUCCAAACAGUGACGGACGCUGCCUCACCUGCAUCUACUACCUCAACAAGGACUGGAACGCAACGGAGCACGGCGGGCUGUUGAGGAUCUAUCCUGAGGACAGACCUUAUGUGUGCGACAUCGAGCCUUUGUUUGACCGACUGCUGCUUUUCUGGUCUGACCGAAGGAAUCCUCACGAAGUCCGACCCUCCUACGCCACCAGAUACGCCAUCACUGUUUGGUAUUUUGACUCAGAGGAACGAGCCGAGGCCAAGAGACGCUGCAGAGAACGAAGUGAUUCAGAAAACAGUAAUUUGAGUGAGUGACAUCACCGCCCGGGUCAGAGGUCAUCCGAGGUGACGUCACCGCCCGGGUCGGAGGUCAAAGGUGACGAGUGAAGCGUUUACAUGUGAAGAGGGCUAUACCACAGUGACCACAGGGGGCGCUACUGGACCUGAUACGACGCACCUUCUUACGUGGAGCCUAAACGGAAGAACAGAGAAGGACAGUUUCAUGAGACAAACUGCACUAUUAGUUUAUUAGUUUAUUAGUUUCACAGAUAACAUUAUAAUCUAUUCUCCGAGUAUAAAGAGAAACGGUUUAUAAAGAGGGGGUACUUUACUUCUUUGCGGUUUGAACUAUAACACAUAACGUAUUUAGAUCAUCGUGUUACCUUUUAUUGUUUUGAAAAUCCUAUAGUCGCUCAAGCCGUGCCUUUGCUCCCCACGCUAAGUCACUCCCCCUUCAGAGCGCUAUCACAGCACAAUAGGCUCUACUCACGCUUACAGGAAGACGUUUGGAAAUGCGGAUGACGACUUCCGGUGGAGUUCCCGACACUGGAAUCAGCAGCAGCGUCUUCACAACCUGACAAAGCUUUUCAUGAGGCACGGAAGUCUUUUUAUUUAUUAAACGAGACAAAUUAUAAUACACAAAUUACUAAAAGGAAAAAAAUGAAAGAAAACAAUGACGUGUAGAUGAAGAAAACCGGCCCAUUUUCUCAGGUUUCCCAGAUUUUUUUUGUCAGAGUUACUGUUGUCAACAUCCACGUGUUUCCAAACGUCUUCCGGUUUUGUGACGGAAGCGUGAAUAGAGCCUGUCAGAGUGAAUCCCGCUAAUGAAACUACUGCACAUCACAUCAGGUUUGUCAAGUGUUGUGCAAAGUUUUCAGGUUUUUGUACGUUUAAGGAGAAUUGUCGUGUGGGAGCAUGGGUGAUGUCGGCUUGUGGGUGGAGUCUUGUACAGCUAACCAUAAGGAGGGUUUGAAUAGGGCCUGGGGGAGAUCACUAAAAUACUCGAGCAUGCAUUAAAGACAUCUAAAAACUACAACAAAAAAAUCCUUAUAAGUAAAUUUAGCAGAAUACCCCCUUUUUAAGACAUUUAUGGGUUUAUUUGUGUAACUUUGUUUACCAAUCAUUUUGUGAAAUCUGUAACUGCUGCACAUCUGAUUAUACACUUUUCUUGAAUGUUUUUUUAAUAUAUAUUUAACCAAAAGCUGUUCUGGAAUCAGAUUUUUGUAAUAAAUUAUUGUUUACAUUUGUGAAAA